UCCUCUCACACCUACUAUGAGAAUCCUAGCUCGGCGACGAUGUCCAGUUAUCCACCGCCGGCCUGUCUUUUACAACCGAUAGUCAUCCCACCUCGGCAGCUAUUCGGACCUGGUCCGUCCAAUAUGCGUGACGUUAUCGCCGAAUCACAGUCCAUGCCACUUCUUGGACAUUUACACCCGGAAUUUCUUAAGGUUAUGAGUGAUGCUCGUCAGGGUAUGCAGUAUGUUUUCAAGACUCGUAACGCGUACACGUUUGCAGUGAGCGGCACCGGACACGCUGGUAUGGAGUGCGCGAUGCUGAAUCUUCUCGAGCAAGGUGAUGUGCUUCUCGUCGUUGAAAUCGGCAUUUGGGGAAAAAGAGCCGCCGAUCUGGGAUCUCGUAUCGGCGCUACCGUGCACACCGUCACAGCGCCACAUGGCAGCGCUGUUGAGAUUGAGGCCAUAAGAGAGGCAGUCGAAAAAUACAAACCAGCCGUGCUGUUCGUUUGUCACGGUGAAAGCUCGACAGGUGUGAAGCAACCCCUGGAGGGUUUAGCUGAAUGUUGCGCUAAUCAUGGUGCACUAUUACUAGCUGAUACCGUGGCUUCUCUUGGUGGUGCUGAGUUUCGAAUGGACGAAUGGGGAGUCGACUGUGUUUAUUCGGCCACCCAAAAAGUUCUCAAUGCUCCUCCUGGGUUGGCUCCUAUCUCAUUUAGCGAGAAAGCCUUGCACAAGAUUCGAAAUCGAAAAACUAGAGUUCCGACGUUUUAUUUUGACGCGUUAGAGUUAGGAAAUUACUGGGGAUGUGACGAUCAACCGACCAGGUAUCAUCACACGGCGCCUGUUUCUUGCGUAUACGCUCUACGAUCAGCUUUAGCUGUGAUCGCAAAAGAAGGCAUCGAUGAAGGAGUGAGCAGACACAAAGAGAAUGCUAAGUUUCUCUAUGAGAAACUUGAAGAAGCCGGCCUACAGUGUUUUGUUGAGGAAGAGAAAUGGCGAUUACCAUGCCUGACAACUGUGAGAGUACCAGACGGUGUCGAUUGGAAGGGUGUAAUAGAGGAGAUGAUGAAAGAAGGAAUAGAGAUUGCUGGUGGUUUAGGUCCUACUGUAGGGAAAUUGUGGCGAAUUGGCACAUUUGGUGGAAAUUCGAACAAGGCGAAGGUUAAAAAUGUUGUAGCGUCACUGCAGAAAGCAAUAAGGAAGAAAUCUAAUUAA